AUGGAGAGUACAGACAAGGAUGACAAAACAAUUGCUGUCACAGAAGAGUCUUCUAAUCAUGGACAAAAUUGCGAAGAUGAAGGGGAUUUGUCAAGGAAAACAGAAAUGUUAAAUGUAGAAGAAGCACCAAGUCCCUCGAAUGACAAAUUAAACAAUGAAUCAGAAGUGCAGAUCCAAGAGGGAGAUGAUGAUUCAGAAAAGGGCUUAAAUGGACAAAUGAAUGAAAGGACAAGCUCAGAUGUCAUGGAAUGUGCAAGCUCAAACGAGAUCACAAAAGAGAUUCUUGCUGAAGACAAAUCUGAAGAGCCAGUGUUUGAUGGAACUGAGGUUCCUGAAAUAGAAGAAACGAGGAGUUCUUCCAAUCAAUCUGUGGAACUUGACUCAGAGGCUCAGGGGUCUGUACUGAAUGACCGGGCUGUUGCAAUAAAAAAUUUUGUUAAAGAAAAGAGUGCAAUUGCAGUUUCAACAUUUAUGCGGCGCCUUUCUGGCAAAAAGGACGAGAAUGAAUUUAAGCCCUUGUUUAGUUCCCAAAGUCUGCACCCCCAAACUUUGGAGUUACUGUUUACCCAAAUUCUGCAAACUGUGUCAGGAAAUGUGCAGUACGUUGUGCAUGGCUUGUCACAUGCUGGGUCUUCUCUUCUGUGA